ACACAACAACAACAAAUAACGCGGGAUGAUCUUUUGAGCUGCAAGGGCAAGCAGACCAGACAAAAAGGUUUAAAAGAAAGAAAAAGAAGGGUACACAAGGGAAUUCAAAUAGUGGGAACACGAGGGGGUGCCGCCCAUUUUCCCUUUAAAGAAACAACAGCCUCCAUGAACCGCAUUCCAGAACUUCCGACAUCUCACACACCGCAACGACUCUCGUUGAGUGGUGGCCUUGGACAAAGGAUUUGCCCACACCCCAGCAUACUACCUUUCAGCUGCCGUCCAUACACAGCGUCCCACGCCGCUAGCGCCCCCAAACGCACAUGUGUUGCGGCACGAGAAUUGGUCGCUCGCCAAAGUUAG